AUGGUAAGGCAAGAGGAAAGAAAAGUAGUGAGAGGGAAAGGCGAGGGUAAGGAAAAGGUAAGACAAACCUAGAGGAUAGAUUAGAAGCCGAGGCAAGACCAGAGUAAGCCUAAUCGUACGCCUAAACUUAAACAUUACCUAAAACUUAAGAUUAGAGUAAAGCCACGCUCAAACUUAAUCCUAAGCCUAAACCUGAAUCUAAUAAGCUUUAUUUCUAGCUUUAACUCUAGCCUUAGCUCUACCUUUUUCUCUACCUCUACCUCUACUUCUAGCUUUAGCUCCAGCUCUAGCUCUAGCUCUAGCACUAGCUCUAGCUCUAGCUCUAGCUUUAGCUCCAGUCCUAGCUCUAGCUCUAGCACUAGCUCUAGCUCUAGCUCUAGCUCUAGCUCUAGCUUUAGCUCCAGCCCUAGCUCUAGCUCUAGCUCUAGCUCUAGCUCUAGCUCUAGCUUUAGCUUUAGCUCCAGCUCUAGCUCUAGCUCUAGCUCUAGCGCUGGCACUAGCACUAUCUCAAGCUCUAACCCAAACACCAUAUCUAUCACCAAGCUCUUUCUAG